UUCAGGACUGCAGCGCUGCAGUCGUAAAUAGUAUGUGAAAUAAAACAUCAAAAUCGAACAUUAAGAAGUGAAGCAACCGCAUGUAAGUGGUGGCGCAGCUGAGUAGUGAUGCGCUGCUCGCUCUUGUUGUGGAGUGUGGUGGUGUAAUCAAUCCGCGCGUUCUUGCAGUGGCUGACAACAAGGAGAAAUGAGCAGUUCACAAGCUUCUCAUUCCCUGGCAUUUAGGGUGAUGAGACUAUGCAGGCCGUCUCUCCACGUCGAAACCCCUCUCAAAUUCGACCCCUGCGAUCUCCUCUUCGGCGAAGACCUCUUCGACCACCCUCCUGCCGCCGCUCACCUCCCUCGUCUCCUCUCCGACUUCGCCGACUCUUCUUCUUCCGAUCUCACUUAUCGCUCCCGAUUCCUUCUCUCCCACCCUUCCGACUCCCUCGGCCUCUCUGCUCUCCUCGUCCUCCCCCAGUCCUUUGGGGCAAUAUAUUUGGGAGAGACAUUUUGCAGUUAUAUUAGUAUAAAUAACAGCUCGAAUUUUGAAGUCAGGGAUGUUAUCAUCAAGGCAGAAGUCCAGACAGAGAGACAGAGGAUACUGCUCUUAGAUACAUCAAAAUCACCUGUAGAAUCCAUACGUGCUGGAGGGCGUUAUGAUUUCAUUGUGGAACAUGACGUAAAAGAACUUGGUGCACAUACGUUGGUUUGUACAGCUCUUUACAGUGAUGGUGAUGGGGAGCGUAAAUAUCUUCCUCAGUUUUUCAAAUUCAUUGUUGCAAAUCCACUUUCAGUCAGAACAAAGGUUCGGGUUGUCAAGGAAACUACUUUUUUGGAGGCUUGUAUAGAAAAUCAUACCAAAUCAAAUCUCUUUAUGGACCAAGUAGAGUUUGAGCCAGCUCAAUACUGGAGUGCUACAUUACUUCAGGCUGAUGAUAAUUGUUCAGAAAAUGAUUCGUUAACUAGGGAAUUAUUUAAGCCACCUACACUUAUCAGAUCUGGAGGAGGAAUUCACAACUAUCUGUAUCAAUUGAAAUCAUCCAUACAGGGACAGCCACAAAUGAAAGUUGAGGGAAGUAAUGUCCUUGGCAAAUUUCAGAUAACAUGGCGAACAAAUCUGGGUGAGCCUGGUCGCCUGCAGACGCAACAGAUUCUUGGUAGCCCUGUAGUACACAAAGAUAUUGAGUUGCAGGCUGUGGAGGUACCAUCUCUUGUCAUCUUCGAGAAGCCCUUCUUGUUGCGCUUAAAUCUCACAAAUCAGACAGAUAGGAUACUAGGCCCCUUUCAAGUUUGGUUGUCGCAAAGUGAUUCUUUUGAUGAGAAGGCUGUUUUGGUCAAUGGCCUUCAGAUGAUGCCUUUGGCGGAGGUGGAAGCAUCGAGUUCUUCUGAAUUCCAACUGAACUUAAUAGCAACAAAGCGCGGAAUUCAGAAAAUCACUGGAAUUACUGUGUUUGACACACGGAGAAGAAAACUUACGAGUCCUUGCUAGAACUAGAGAUAUUCGUGGAUUCAGACUACACCUGAGCUCUG